AUGCCUCGACACCCAGCUAAAGCAGAGAGCGUCAGCAUCUCCGAUUUCCCUGUUCAGCCUCGCCGGGGUAGACGCGCCAGGAGGGAGCCUGAGCGUUUGAUUGACCGCGCAGCAACCCCCUCUCCUACCAGACGCGUCCGCUCCUCGAAACGGACAUCGUUUGUCCCAAAUCCUUGGUGGAUCAAAGUCUACGAACACCUGGAUGAGAUCCUCAAACACGCCCCUCCAACCAGUGAAUACAAGGCAGAUGAUGAUAUCGCCAGCGAAUACCAUGUUUCGAUUGAAGACAACACAGAUGACAACGAAGAUGCAUCAAAUCAACAUGUUGAGUCCAACGAGCCUUCUGAAUCAACGGAGCUUUUAAAAGACGACCAGACUUCUUCCGAACUUGAAUUCUCGGACGGGGAGACUCCAUACGACUUCAACGCUUCACACCAAGAUCCUGUGGGCAAGGCGCCAUCCUCUGCAUGGGAUUCAUCUUCUGAGGACGAAGCCUCAUCGGCACCCAAGGCUCCCGGCGAGGAGGGGUGGUGUAUAUGCAAGAAAUAUAUAGAAGGGACCGACUUCUUCGGGUGCGACACACCGGGAUGUGAGAUUGUUUGGUGGCAUCAGCAAUGUGUCGCUAACGAGGAGUAUGACGAAUCAUACGUCCUGCAAGCAGAGAUCGAAGACGCCCGCUGGAUUUGCCCAGCCUGCUUUCCCCGUCUACUGAGACAGACGGUCCUCCAUACCAAAGGAGGCGACAGAAGAACACAGGAGGAGAAAGUUGCAGAGAUCGAUGCCAAACUCCGUGAGAAGGGCCUCUGGUUCUUGGAUGAUGAAGUCGUCCCGGGUAUCAACGAUCGUGAGGAUUUGAAUGGUGCUGCCAAAAGUCUGGUUGUAAUUCCAGCGGGACAAGGUCCGUCAGAGCCGACCGAGCACUCAAGCUCGCCUACGGCAUCUGCUGCGGUUGAACAUCCACUCUCAUAUGUUCAGCCUCGGCAUCACUCUCAGACACGCGAAGUCUUCCUAUCCGUGUACAAACUCCGGAGUCUGGAGGAAUCUGCACAGUUGUGGACAUCGCCGCGAACUGUUGUCACGGAAGGCGUAGAAGGUAAAGAAGACCAUCUCACAAUCGCGUACGAGCACGAGCUUGUCCUGCCAAGCAUGUCAGAAGCAGCAAAAGACCACGUACGAUUCUUCUGCACCGAAGCAAGCAGAGGUAUUCCCUCAGUCGACAUUCCUCUUGCAUUGCUCCGUGCUGUUGGAGCAGAUACCAGUGGCUUCUUCCCACCGCCUAAGCCAAUCCCCAAUGUUUCCUCCAUCUUCAUGCUUUAUGGAGUUGACGCCCUCGUCCUCAAACGAGUUGCUGACUUUCUCCGUGGACGCACCUUGUAUGUCAGUCUGGGAAGCAUCGACGAGCCACUCACGCCUAAGCAGAAGCGUCGGCUGGUUCAGUAUGUGCACAUUGCGCACGUACUCCGCAUCGAGUGCCUCAUUAAGCUUACAAUGCACGCUCUUUGCGCCUCCAUUAUUCGGCGGUCCGAAGACUGGUCAGAAACUUUCACCACCAAAGAGCUCCUUGACGAGAUCACGGUCGAAAACAGUCCAGCUCGUCGAGUCUUGCUUGAAGGUCCCGGUUGCAUGUUACCUGCGAUUUCUGGCAGAGAGACCCUCCCGUGCAAUCCAGAGCACAUACAGGAGAUCUCUUCCCUUGCAACAAAGGACAGUGCUUAA